CUUCGUCCCAUUCUCCGUGCUACCCUUGCAUCUCUCAUUGCGUCUACCUCUGAAUUUCUCCAAAGAUCUCGAAAGAUAAGAAAGUACCCCGCUACUCCAAGACCCACCGGGGCCGGUCAUGGAGGACAAACCCCUAUACCUCAAAUACAGUUCUCUCUCCAUCUUGUCUCAACCGCAUGGUCUCCGCAAGAAUCAGAUUACGUCCUGUAUCUAUUCACACUAUGUAUGUCUGUAUGCCCGUAUGCAUGUGUGUAUGUAUGUAUGUACAGUCCAGUACUGUACCCAGAAAGCCUCCCGCUUUUCCUUCCCGCUUUCCUCCCACACCCUCACGCUGGAAAUAGUAUACAUCAUAUAUUUGCCUUGGGAGUUACUACUUACUAUGCGCCCAGGUGUUCAUGGGAUAGCUGUAAACAGAGGUCCUCGCAUCCAACAACAUCCUUCCUCCCUCGCCUCGUCUCCCACACAAGCAGCCAGCUAUCUCGAGGCUGUGAUUCUCUUCCCGCGUCGACCCCCGGAGUUUCCCGUGAUUCCGCUUGUCUUUCUUCUUCUGGACCAUUGAGACCGAGCUGGUUGGUGUGAGUUCCUCAAGUCAGUGGCAUUGAGGUUUUCUAUAAGCUGGGUGGGUGCAUCGGUGCUGUUUGUGUAUGUACUGCACAUAUCUAGUCUAUUUUUUGU